AUGAUGCCACUGGAGGAAACCAGAGCCCUGACCCAAGGAGGGGGCCCUGCAGGGACAGGGUGGGCUCUGCGGAGGCUGAGGUGGCAGUGGCCAAAGGAUAAGGGGUUGGUGAGGUCGGAGGGAGUACAUGGAGGGCUUUUCCCCCCAGAAGACACCCCGACACAAGCAGCCUACUUGGCCAUAUCUACCUAG